GGUGCCUGUUCUACAUUCUUCUGAAAUUCCCACAACAAACAGUACAAAAAUAACUAUCCCUCCAUUUGGGCAUUUGCAGCUGAUCAUGCCUAUGGUGUACUCCUCUUAUAAACAUCUUCCUAAUCCUAUGGCAUCAGAUUCCCCUGUAAUCAAAUAUAAAUCAGCACUAAAACAAACUCCAAAGCCACAGACAAUUGCAGUUCAAGAAUCUCAGAUGGGACCCGUGCCCCAGAUGCCUCAAGCUCGUCAGGUGCCCCAGAUGCCUCAGCAUAAUAGAUUUCCAGUGCUGGCAAAUGAUUCCUCCCAGUUGUCUCCAGUGCUCACCUGCAAAGGGGAUCGUUUGAGAGCAUUUCUGCCGUCUGUCAAAAUAACCUCCAUUAAAGUCAAAGAUGUGAAGAGGAAGGUUUGGGUUCCUGUGUCUUCUGCUCCAGCACACUGUGGGUACUCACUGCAGCGUAAAGGCAGGGGUGUGGUUUUUUCCUCCCCUCUUCCUGUCUGUCACUCAUAUACUAUGUCCCCCUCGCUACUGUCUCUUUCUCUGAAGUUCUGGAAUUUUUCGAUAUCAAGACACCAAUCUGUACGACUCCAGUGUCCCUACACUUCACCCUCUCCUGCUAGGACAGAGUCACCUGCAACAACAGCCAGACAUAUCUGGCCUUCCCCUCUUUCUAAUCUGUCAAAGCCUAGAGACUCACCAAUCCACUCCCAAAUACCCAUUGUCCCAUCUUUGUACUCUCCCAAAACAACAGCCCCAUCUUUCCAGCAGGCCAAAUACACAAAGCCAACUUCCUGGCCACCUAAGUUCACGCGGUUGUCCCAAACCCCACCCCUGGCUUCUCAAAUGAAUCAACCACAAGUCUUGUGCCACUCUAAAGAUAUGAGUGUCACACUACCUCCUGGACCAAUCACAGGCCUGACGGUUCAAUCUCCCACCGUUGGCAUUAAGGGAAGUAUAAAUGCAGUGCUGUUAGAUGAAGCCCCAAGUCAUUGUGGAUACUUGAUAAAGAAGAAUCAAAAUGGUGGUAUUAAUGUUCUCCUGCCCUAUUCAUCCUGUCACAUGGCUCAUCAGGUUUGUGAAGUGGUACAACUCCAUGCUCAUAAAUAAUGAGAUUACACAUUUGCUUAUCUAUGUAAAUAAUGGGGUUUAUUUCUAUUCUUUUAUACUUUUCAAAGGAUGGACAGUACAGAAUUGUGCUGAAGUAUCAGACAUCAGACGGUCGUAGAGUUGAGGCCUUCCUGUCGUGCCAAGUUCCCGUGACCCAUGGUAUGACCUCUGAAGCCAAUAAUGCAACAGCAAAUCCAAAAAACAUGUCUGCAA